AUGGAUUUCGGCGAUGAACACCCGGAGGCUGAGGUCCGCGGGUUUGACCUAUCUGCUGUGCAGCCAGAGUUUACACCUCCGAAUGUGAAGUUUGAGAUAGACGAUCUUGAAGAGCCGUGGAACUACUCGCGCCCGUUUGAUUGUAUUCAUAGUCGAAUGAUGAAUAGGCCAAUUGCUGAUUGGAGUGAAUACUUCAAGAAGUGCUACGACAACUUGAAUCCUGGCGGAUACUUUGAGCUCAUCGAGCCUGUUGUUACAGUCAUUUCUGACGAUGGGACUGUCAAGCCUGAACAUACGGCUGUCAGAACUGGCGAACUCCUGAUUGAGGCUACAGCGAAGGCUGGCCGCAAGUAUACGUAUAUCCCAACCCUGAAGCCCAUCUUGAUGGAAGCAGGUUUUGAGUACGUGACUAUGCAACAUUUCAAGUGGCCAACGAAUCCUUGGCCAAAAGACAAGAAAUUCAAAGAACUGGGCUAUUGGCACAACGAAAACCUCUUGGAGGGCUGGGAAGCUAUUUGCAUGGCACCGCUAACGAGGGCUCUUGGCUGGACUAAGGAGGAAGUUCAAGUUCUCAUGGCCCAGAACCGCAAGGAAUUCAAUGACCGCAGUAUCCAUGCGUAUCAUUCGAUCUGGACCAUCUAUGGUAGAAAGCCUUUCAAGACGGAUGAUGACGCCUAG